GAAUCCAAAGCAGACCGCUCUCCUUCCUCCACCCAGAGAGGGUCAAGCAAUAGAAAGACAAUGGCAGGACUGAGACUCCCAAUGGGAGGUAGGUUGCUAGGAAGUGGUGCUGUCCAACCUAGGAUGGAAUGAGUGAGGUCCCAUCCCUAUUCCUUCUCUGUUGCUGGGACCGAGGACACCUCUGGGUUAUCCUUCCCGUAAGCUCCAAGGCAGGACAGUUCAUUGGACAGAAAUAGAAAGCUACGCCUACUUGAAGUCGAGGGGGAUAACCCCACCCAGUUCUUUUCUGUCCUCGAAAGCUCCAGGCAGCGACUUUUUCCUUCUCUCAUGUCUUUGCUAAUUCUAAUUGUUUCCUUAAUGACUGCUCCUUUCUGAUUCCCUUGUCAUCUUACCUUGAAUAUGUUAUAACUUUAAAACAAACAAACAAACAAACAAACACCCUACUUUUGUCUUUCUUCUGCUGGUCCCUCUGUUUUCCCUUACUCCCCUCCCUCGCUGCAUGUGGUGAUCAGGGCAAUUAACAGACUACAGUGUUCGCCUUCCGAAGGGGAGAGGCCCCCACACUGACUUUCCAGGGGGGCCACAUUCAGUGAAAGCACAGUUGUUGGCCACGGCCGCCUCCGGGCUGUCCGUGCGCCUGACUUCGCUGCGUUGUUCCCAGUCGGCCACGGCCGCCUCCGGGCCGUUUGUGUGCCUGACCCUGGAUGUGGAGAGUUCCUCAGCCCCAGAUAUGGCCACCUGCGGGCCGCUCGUACUGGCUUUAUCUCCACCCCCUUCACAAGCAUCGGCAAUUCAGGAGGUCCGGGAAUCAGGCCGCCCACUGAGACUGUGCCUCACUCGCUCCUCGUGGGCCCAGCACCAACGUUAUGAACAAACUGUGGAGAAUUGUGAGUCCCCUGGGCAGUGGCUUUUCCUAGUUGGAGGAACUUCUGGACCAAUUGUUCAUCCGGUUGAAGGACAGAGUUCCACAUGGACAAGACAUAGCCUUGCUAGCCUUCCCCGUCUUGGCAGUAGAUCAUCUUGAGGAGGUGGUGCUAUACCUCCUCAAACACCCUUUCAGCAAGUGCCAGGAGCACUGGCAGGCAAUAUUCAAUGCCACAGCCAGAUACUCUGACCACAGCCGGACACUCGAUGAGGUGGCAAAAUGGAUGCCGGAGUGCAGCAGAGUUGUGAUAUUCAUGAUAAACCUGAAACGUCGGAAAGACAGGCGGGAUCGAAUGUUGCGAACCUUGCACGAGCAGGAAAUUGCUGUCAAGCUGGUAGAAGCUGUGGAUGGAAAAGUUUUUUCUUGAGAUAUGUCUUCUAGUGCAUACACUGAGUCUGAUGAAUUUGAUGAGGACCUCAUGUCCGCUAGCAGCAUGGGAGAAGAAGAGGCGGCUGCUCUUAUGAGAGACCUGGAGCAGUCCGUCAGUUUUUCCAUAGGUAUCCUCCCAGAAGGUUUGAGCGAGGAAAAGCUGGUAAUUGAACUCGCUUCUGUCCUCCUCGGCCUGACGAGUGAAGACCCAGAGAUCAAAUUGAAGGCUCUCCAGAACUUCUUCAGGAACCUCACAGGGGUCAAGGCUGAUACAACUGCACAGCUGCCUGAUGAGCUAACUGGGCGUUUGGUGGCAAUGACUUGCCUCUGUGCAUUAGAGGACAACAAAGAGAUCAGGCAGAUGGCGGCAGAAGACUUGUGCGAGCUCCUGCCCAUCCUGCGUCGUGGCGAACAGAGGCUGAUGUAUACACCUUGGGGCAAGGACAUGGUGAAACGAGCUCUCUCUGUCCUGGGACCAACUACUGAACCCAACCCUUCUUUCUUCAGUGGCAACUGCUACAACCUUGCAAUGGUCUUCAGUGGAUUCCUCUCCUCUGAGCAGCUCCUGGAGGUCAUGCACUUCUUGGGAGGGGAUCUGACCACUGAAGGCUCAUUUGACCUCGUAAACAUAUUCCACCUGCUGCGCGAGUUCAUAAAGCAGUUCAGCAGCAAGUCGAUGUGGUUGGAGGAACUUCUGGACCAAUUGUUCAUCCGGUUAAAGGACAGAGUCCCACAUGGACAAGACGUAGCCUUGCUAGCCUUCCCCAUCUUGGCAGUAGAUCAUCUUGAGGAGGUGGUGCUAUACCUCCUCAAACACCCUUUCAGCAAGUGCCAGGAGUACUGGCAGGCAAUAUUCAAUGCUGCUGACCACAGCCAGAUACUUGUUGAGGUGGCAAAAUGGAUGCCGGAGUGCAGCAGAGUUGCGACUCGUGCAGUCCAGGUCCUUAACUUAUUCCUUAAGUCUAAUGACAAGCAAGCCAUGAAGGAGAGGUUUCCACACCUCUUACUUGCUCUGCUGCAACAUAUCUAUGCACGGCUGGAGGAGAAUCUGGGUGUGAUAGAGAGCCUGGAAACUCUGUACCUCCUCCUUAGAACUGUUGGCAUAGAGGAGGAGAGUCUGGGGGAAUACCUGGAGCACUUUGGCAGGCCAGAAGGCUUCAGCUAUGGACUGUCCAUUUUGGUGAGCAUACUCAUCGCUAAAGGUUCCUGGUCAACCCCAGCUUUGGCACAUUAUAUUGGAGCUCUUUUUGAAGGCAAACAAAAAACUCGCCUGCUUGAAAUAGCACUGGACAUCUACCUUGAGCUGUUCAUAAACCAGCACAUCGUGGAGGCCAACCAGGAGACGGUGGAUUUCAUCUUCAACUGUCUUGGCCAUGACAACGCUCAAGUACGGAAGCUAAGCCUCCAGGGGAUCGCUCUUCUGCUCAAUUCAGAAGUGGACCCUUGGACUAUAUCGGUGGCUCUCUUAAGCUCACUGGGAAUGGCAUGCAAGCCAGAUGUCAUUCCCGAGCUAAUGAUGCUGGUGGAAAUUGCCCUCCACAGUGUCAGUGGAGAGAGAGGAGAGGCCUAUAUGAGGAAGCUGGCAUCCGUCUACUGUGGCUACAUUGCCCACGAGAAAGCCAUGGUUCGAGCAGCAGCCAUUGAACAUCUUGGGAUGCUUCGGGCCAGGUUUGGGGAGCAAUGGCCUCCAUGUAUACCUGAGGAAGGCCUGUAUGAGCUUGUGAAUGUUUUGAUUCACUUGGAGGAUGAGGAUGAGGUGGCUGAGGCAACAAAGGCCACUCUGAAACAGCUGGUCCCAGAGGUGAGGUGGCGGGUAGACCCCAAAACCUAUAGCCUCCAUCGUGUGCUCCAUCAGGCGGCCAAAUAUGUGACAAAAAAGUACAAGAAGGAUCUGGUGCGUGGUGCUGCCUUCGGCUGCAUGCUUCCUUCCUCCAACAAUCUGCCAGCAGUCUCAAGGGUGGCAGCACUCUUUGUCGGACACCUUGCUCACAAGGAUGCAACCUUCAUCACGUUGGAGGAUAUGGGCUCUUACUGUACAUGGCUUGAAGGGAUGGCCGAGCAUAAUGAUGAAGAGGUGCGGCGUGCAGGAGAAAGCACCAUUUGUGUCAUGCAAAAAGCCGUUAAUGACCAUACUAAAGGGAGAGUCCACACACUAAAGAAAAGGUUUAUCCGGCAUGUGAAAAAAGAAAGAUGCCCCAAAGACUUCAAACACUCAGUGCCUGCUCGAAAAUCAUCAAAGUCAUCAUCCAAAGCUGUAAAAUCCAAAGCUGUAAGAGUGAUUUCGGAGGAGGAUGGCAGUGGGGUAGACAAUGCAGUGACAACAGUAGCUACCACAACUACCACAACUUCUACUACAAGUCAACCUUCUAGUACAACAAGGCAGCCUUCUACUACAACCACGACAAAGCAGGCUUCUACUACAGUUACAAGGAAACAGCCUUCUACUACAACCACAGUGAAGAAACCUUCCACCACAACAAGGCAGUCUUCUACUAUGACCACCAUAAAGCAAACUCCUACUACAACCAAAGCUGUGGCAACUCCUAGUAUGACUGCAAUGCAGCUGCCUUCUACUGCUGUUACAACGUCAGCUUCUACUAUGACUACAACAAGGCUGCCUUCAACUAUGACCACAACAAGAGAGCCUUCUACAACUGCAAAUCAACCUGACACGGAGCGUACAACCAAAGGAAAUAAAAGUAUUGAAUCAACUUCUUUGAAGACCAUAUUAUCCAAACCCCUUCUCCCCAAUCCAAAAAAGUAA